CCACAAGUCGCCAGUCUGAUUCGAACCAUCAAGAAGGAAGAACUUACCAACUGACGCUCACCUAACGACAUUUUCACGGUCACACUCUAACUAUAUACUAGAUCUGAGCCAGCCAGUUGAAGCCAAGAACGUGAGGGGUGGAAGGAAACGCGAGAGGGUUUGAUUGAAAGUUGAUGGGGGUAUGUUGUACGUCGGUUGUAGCUGCAGCUACAUUUCAUACCAGAGCACGUCGAAGCCGAGCUUUGAGUCAAGUGACGAAAAAACGUCCCAACGCUUCGUCCGGUCUAAUAGCUGUAGCCGGAUCAUCAAAUCAACAACAGCAACAAUACCAGAUCAGUGGUCCCGCCCCUUCUCAACAGCCCCACAGGUUAUUCCGCCAUCGAUGGCGACGCAUAUUGCGAUUUUCGGCUGUUGCCCCGAAUCAACCAGCGGUUUUCCGCAGAAAAUUGAUUCCAGAGGAUAUCAACUUUGGCCGUGAUUUUUAUCAACUGCCACAGCCGCUGCCUUCGCCGGAUCGAUACUACUUCAGCUCUAAGCCAAGUUGGUGUUUUUCUUCUUUUCCCGGCGUUUUUCAGCCGCAUAGUGAAAUGUUUACAGCAACGAGCACAAACAGCACAGCUGAGUAUGGGGUGACAAUGGAUUCCCCUUUGUUUGCUCAAAGACACUCUCCAGCAGAGGAGAGACUGAAGCGCAGGUUGAGGUUCUUUUUUCUCAAUCCAGUGCAAAAAUGGGCUGCCACCAGAAGGUUUCCAUUCAAAUUGUUCACUCAAAUUAUCAAGAUUAUCUUUGUUACUGUGCAGUUGUGUUUAUUUGCAUCUUUUCGCGAUAGUCAUGUCUUUUAUGCCAGAAACACAGAGGUAGUGUUUUCACAUUUAUUCUUGCAAGAGUGGGAUGUGACAAGAGAAGCACCUCCUUAUCCUCCUGCUGCUGGACCAUUAGCAGUGUAUUCUAAAAAACAAUUUCAUGAGUACUUGGACUUUGCAAUAGAAAAUUAUAUUAAUUUGGAAACCAGUUCAAUGGGGGCAUAUUUUCACCUAAAAAAUUCCAAAGGUUCUUGGAUAACCUACUGUCAAACAGAUUACAUCCGCAGCCAGUUUGAGCCAAACAGCAAUGAGUUCAAAUUUGAUAGUAACACAAAUCAAGAAUGCGUGGAAAUACCGAUUGAUGCAGAUGUGUCGGCUUUUAAAAGCGAAGAUUUCCUUCGAGAAAAAAAUAUUACCGUCAGCGGUCUUUCGUUGGUGGAAGCUACUUUGAUGUUCUCUAUUAAAGCAAUUCACUUCAAACCUAAUGGGCCGCUCAAUGGUCCUGAUUGUUACUCUUUCGAUCUUGGGCUCGUGUUCAACAACCAAGGGGAAGACGGCCAGUUGUUGGUCAGUCUAUCGACUUUAGCUAAACAUCUUGACUGCCACGGAAAAGUAAACCCUCCUGUAUCUGAUGGACCUUCCAAGUCCUUCCGCAGCACCGUCAAUAUCUUGGUCAUCCUCAUUUGCGGUUUCUCCUUCUUCCUUUGUGCUAGAGCAGUUAUAAAAGCCCAAUUAUUGAAAUGGGAAACGAGUGAUUUUUUUCAGCGCCAUUUUAAUCGUCGCAUGAGCAAGCAUGAUCGACUUGAGUUUCUUAACUUGUGGUAUGUCCUAAUUAUCAUCGAUGACGUCUUGUUGGUUGGCGGGUCGAUCAUCAAAGAACUUAUGGAAAACCAGCACAUAGAUUCGGACAUGUGGGAUGUAUGCAGCGUCUUACUGGGGACAGGCAACCUGUUUGUCUGGUUUGGAGUUUUACGCUAUUUGGGUUUCUUCCGAACUUAUAACAUGUUGAUCGUGACGCUGAAGAAAGCCUUCCCUUCUGUACUCCGGUUUCUACUUUGCGCAAUGUUGAUCUAUGCUGGAUUCACUUUUUGUGGAUGGCUCAUUUUUGGUCCAUAUCAUUUCAAGUUUCAAACGAUAUCGUCCACAUCUGAAUGUCUGUUUUCGUUGGUCAACGGCGAUGACAUGUUCGCUACGUUUGCUGGCAUGUCUGAAAGGUCGGCGUUAGUCUGGUGGUUCUCAAGACUCUACCUUUAUUCUUUCAUUUCACUCUUCAUUUACGUGGUGCUCUCGCUCUUCAUCGCUCUCAUAAUGGAUACUUAUGAAACCAUCAAGAUGUAUUACACCGACGGUUUUCCGAAAUCGGACCUUCGCCAGUUUAUCGCUAACGACGAUUGCGUCGAUACCAUCCCGGUCUACGAGUCGCAAUCCUGUUUUCCUCAACUUUGGUCACUGUUGACUCGCCGACGACCUGGCUACGAGGUCAUUGACGACGGUCGAAAAGACGAGGAGGCGGAGGAGCGGCAACCUAUUUUAGCAUGAGAUCAUUUGUAAUUUUGAUACAUAAAAUUGGUGAAUUUUCUCGAGGGGUUACGAGAAAAGAAAUCGGCGGAAACGAGAGAUUAAAGUCUAUUAAAAAAACGCAUCCACAAAACGAAAAAUUCUAAUUCAAAUUUCUUUUCUUUUUUUUUUUUCUCCCGGGGACCAAUGAUUGAAAGCCGUAUGACAAGCAUGAUUCUAUAUACAAUUUGCAUUUAUGUUUUG